CACGUGACUCUACCCGGAAGUGACGCGCGGUGCUCAAAAGAGUUAAGCACAGCAUCGGGGAACAAAAACAGCAGCUAGCUUCAUUUUGUUUCAGCAGCAGAGCAGCGGGGCAGCGGACAAACACUCGGUGAAAACGGUGAACGCUGUGAGCAGACGACCAGAAUGAAUCCCAUCUACAGCCCUGCACCAGCAGGGGUCCCCUUUCCCAACACCAAGGGUUUAGGCUACCCAGCAGCCGGGUUCCCUGUUGGCUACGCAGCCGCCCCAGCGUACACCCCCGGUGUCUACGCCGGAGCCAACCCGGCCUUCGCCAGCGGCUACGCUCCGGGCACUCCUUUCAAAAUGUCCUGCUCCCCCAACAACGGGACGGUGCCACCCUACUCCUCCUCGCCGAACCCGUACCCUGCGGCCGUUUACCCCGUCAGGAGCAGCUACGCCCAACAGAGCCCGUACGCGCAGGCGUUGAUACCUUCACAGCAACAAGGCACCUACUACACCCAGCCGCUGUACGCCGCUCCGCCGCACGUCAUCCAUCACACCACGGUGGUGCAGCCCAACGGGAUGCCUGCGGCUAUGUAUGCCCCGCCCAUUCAUCCCUCCCGCCCCAACGGCGUCGCCAUGGGGAUGGUAGCCGGCACAACCAUGGCCAUGUCAGCUGGAACUUUGUUGACGAGUCCAUCACCAGCGCCCGUUGCCCCCCAUCCAGUGUCGAUGCCCACGUACCGGACCCCCGGCACCCCCAGCUACAGCUACGUGCCGCCGCAGUGGUGAAGACAGGUCGGGGGGCGGUAGAUAAGCAUUCACGCUCGACUCCAGUGUUCUCGGCGGCGGCGGCGGCCUGCCCCCCCAGGCGGCGUCUGCGGCCAGUUAGUCUUCUUCCAGCAUAAUGUGAAUCUUAAAAAAAAACAAAUAUCUAGAAUGUGGCCCGUUCGGACAGGGAGGGGGGCUGAAGAAUAGGCCCUGCAUUCCACGCCACCACCUCACCCCUCCCUCCCUCCCUCCCUCCCUC